UGUUUGUUAUCCACUGGGGGGCAGUGGUGUUUGUCUUUAACACUAAAGCCACAGGAAACAGAAGAAGAAGAAGAAGAAGAAGAAGGGCUUCAGCACAGGGAGCAGCGCAACUAUGGCCGGUGACAAGGGUCCCCUGGGCCAGCUCAAAGACCUGGUGGAGCUGAAAGACCAGCUGGAAGACAUUCAGAGACGGAUGGAGGAUGAGAUACAGGCUGGGGUUCCUCCGGGAGGCAGUGUGCUGGGUUCCCCUUUCCUGAAGGGUUUUCUUGCCGGUUACAUUGUUGCAAGGUUUCGGUCUUCAGCUUUGUUGGGUGUUGCCAUAGGGACGUGUACAGGUAUCUAUGCAGCACAGAAUUAUGCCGUUCCAAACAUUGAAAGCACCAUCAAAGAAUACAUAAGCAACUUUAAAGGACGUUCCAAAUAAGAGGACAGGACUGGAAGAGCGGGAGAGACUAAGGGUGCCACUACAACUGCAAAUGGAAACAUUUUUUUCUCCAAUUCGUUCAAUGAUUGACUUUUAAACAACUACCUUCAAGUCAAUCGUUGAAACGGUCAUCGGUAAUUUCUCUCCUCAACCUUAUCCUCCUCACUAUAGAUGCUUUCUGAAGAUUCAUUGAUAUAUAUAUAUAAUGAUACCAACCAUUAGCCACCUGUGCAGGGCAUCUGUGUUGGCUGUUUCAUCUUUUCUUUUUUAAGGCGGUUCGCACAAACACAUCACAUCCCUUUUGCUGUACAGAUGGAUAUUCUGUCUCUUCAAGAGAUUUGCCCUUUAUUUCCCCCUAGUGGUCAGAAAUCAAUUAGCAGCAGCCUGUACUAAUGUGCACUUUCUUGCACAGAGGGUGGAAAAGCUUCACUCUCAUGCUGCUCUCCAGGUUCUAAUCUGUCAAAACCCUUCCUUUUUUCGGGAGUGUCUGAGCAUCUGGUGCGUUGUGUCUUUGCUGGGGAAACAAAUAUUUCCACAAAAUAAUAGGUCAAUGUUACACUUUGUAAAAGAUUUUUACUUUUUAAUUAUAUACCUCAUCUUUGUAGAGAUUCAUGGGAAAAAAGGCAUGAGUCAAAAAUGACCCACUGUUCAAAUGAUAAAUAUUUCUCUAUUUAUUGUCCACCUUGAUCUGCUUUAAAAAAAUUAAAAUGCUCGCCAAAGUGAACAUUUUCUAGAUUUAAUUGCACUUGUUUUGCCAAACCAUGAAAGUGUUAUUUGGAUUAUUUUGCAAAAUAUAUAUAUAUAUUAUUAAGAGUGCCUACUCUGGUCUGAACAUUAUCAUCUCAUGCCACGUGUGCAAUAGCCGGUCCUGGUGGUCUUUAGCUUCCUAUUUCAUAUGCUGGAAACUAGUUGAUCUUUUCCACUUGUAUGGAUUUCUAGGGAUUUAGAGUUGUCUUUCAAUGAUGUUAUUUUGUGUCCAAGAAAUAUCAAACCAAAUCUUUGAGUUGUUCCUUCUGACCGAAAGGGUGUUUUAAGUGUAAAGUGGAUUCAUGUCAAUUGUAAACCAGAAAUAACGCAGGAUACUUGCCUGAAAAUCUAAUGCAAAAAAUAAAAAAACACCUUAACAGUAGCACAACUGAUAAUACAGCAGACAUGCAUUAGUUAGAAUAUUAAUUUUGCUGUGCAGAUCUUUUUUUGGUGGAUAACCUAAAAUAACCUGCUUGUUUUUGUUGUUGAUGACCGUUUUGAUGCAGUUGAACGCACAGCGCUUUUGUACAGUCGGGCUCAAAAAAGCCAGUCUGAGUUGAGAUUGAGGUUGUGUUCCUUUUAGCUUGUGUUUUGACUGGAACCGUGUGCUAUGUUUGAUGAAUGGAACACAGAAACAACUUGUGCCUAUUGACAACAUUAUGUUACUGUCUCUGCGUCGCAUGUUUCUUGUAUGUCCCGUCUUAUAUUUUUGCCAUAUUUACAUCUCUAAAUACUUGAUAUGCUUUGAAAAGUAGAAAUUGGUCAAUUCAUUGUUUUAUUUCAUUGUCUUGUCGUCACAUGGUUUCACUCAGUUUGAAAUUCCUUUGUGAAAAGAAAAACAUUGUACGGGUCUGUAAGGUUUUUAUUGGUUGAAAUAAAUGGGAAAAGUGGA